GGGCAACGAAUGUUACGCGCCAAAAAGCAUCGAGGAAAAAAAAAAAAACGCGUCGUCCUUCCCACUUUUUUUUUCAGCCGAUUUGGCGGAGAUCAAACGACGUCAUUUGAAAACAGACAGCGCAUAAGGACGACUAAGAACUUCAAAGAUGCCUUUCUCGAGGUGCGUUGAAUGCUCCCACGACAAGCGGAAGCCCUCGCUCGAGAGGAAGGAGCCCCGCGCAGGUGGAAGCCAGGAGAAGGGCCAGGACGGGUCUCCUCCAGCGAAGAAGAAGCCCUUUGUCCUCCUCCCCUUUGUCUGCGAAGUGUGCGUCCAGCGGCACGUCACAGGCUCUAACUCCCGUGCGGAGGAAAAGGGAGAGAGCGUCGAGCGAAAGGAUCCCAAGCGAGUGAGGAUCGAGGAGGACGUGGUGCGCGGCGAGGCGGGGAGGAAGAGUCCGGAGCCGCAGGAGCAGGCAGGCCAGGGCAUCAAGGACCAGGCGGUGGGCGUGAAGGGAGUCCCGGUCAAGGCGUUUGCGCACCAAGAACCUGCUAAUCCUCUGGGUGAAGGGGACGCCGCGGACUCUCCCGAGAACCCCUUGCAGAGCGCGAAAGGAAAUGCAAUGAUCAAGGAAAUUGCUAAUAUCUCUCGGGGCAAGCAGAGCGGGGAGACCUCUGGCCUGCGAGCCAAAGGGAAACCGGGGGAGAUCCAGGUAGAGUCAGCUGAUUCCACCGCGCCGGAUGCUGCAUCUUCGGUGGUCCUUGCAGCUGAUCCCGACCUACCGGAUCCACCAGAGACAAGCACCUCGAAGGUGGCUUGUGGUCCGGUGCUGACGCGGAUCAGAGACAGUAUUUGCCCCGGCCACGCAGUGAGAACCCUCCCAAAGUCGCUGUACUUCUCACGUUCUGAGUCGGGGGUGCAGGUGCUGACGAGGGUCGAGCUCCGGCCGGACGUAGCCUUUGGACCUGUGGCGGGACCCUUCGCAGCGCCUCCUUCCCCUGGCAAGGCUACGAGUCAGCCCGGCGCAGGCAACGAUGGGAAUGCCACGAACUGGAUGUCCUUCGUCAGGAAAACCUCCGACAAGGCCCUUGCCAAUCUCCAGUUUUGCUUCAUUCGAGGCAAGAUGUAUUACCGAGUCAGCCGUCUGGUCCCAAGGAAUUCAGAAUUGAUCCUACUACUCAAUGAUCAUUGAGAACUGGGGACGCAAGGAGGCUUCCGGUGAAGAUUACGGACGCUAGCUUAAAUCUGUGCACACACAAACUAACAACACGCACGCGCACGCACACAGACACACAGACACACAGACACACAGACACACAGACACAGACACACACACACACACACACACACACACACACACACACACACACAC